AUGACUCUCGAUGGAGUCGGAAACAACGACACUCUCGAUGGAAUCGGAAAUAACGACACUCUCGAUGGAGUCGGAAACAACGACACUCUCGAUGGAAUCGGAAAUAACGACACCCUCGAUAACAGUCCAAGGGAGAAAUCGGGCAAGAGCAAGAAGGAGAAAGAUUCCUUCAAAAAAGUUUCGAGUUCUACCCCUGCCAACAUCAUUCUCAGGCGAUGCUUCCAUGCUGCUUACCUCAUGAUCGUGACGCUCCGAUCAGGAGUCGGAAACAACGGGACUCACGUCGGAGUCGGAAACAAAAGCACUAUUGAUGAAGUCGAAAAUAACAUGACUCUCGAUGGAGUCGGAAAUAACGGCACUCUCGAUGGAGUCGGAAACAACAACACUCUUGAUGGAAUCGGAAAUAACGGCACUCUCGAUAACAGUCCUAGAGAGAAAUCGGGCAAGAGCAAGAAGGAGAAAUAUUCCUCCAAAAAGAUUUCGAGUUCUACCCCUACCAACAUCAUUCUCAGAUUCGGAAACAAAGGGAUUCAUGACGGAGUCGGAAACAAAAGCACUAUCGAUGAAGUAAAAAAUAACAUGACUCUCAAUGGAGUCGAAAAUAACGGCACUCUCGAUGGAGUCGUAAACAACGACACUCUUGAUGGAAUCGGAAAUAACGGCACUCUUGAUGGAGUCAGAAACAACAACACUCUCGAUGGAAUCGGAAAUAAUGACACUCUCGAUGUAUCAUAG